AUGGGGAUUUCUGGAGGGGCAUUCUUGCUCCUAAUCCUGCUGCUCAACACUAGAACAAUUUCAGGUUCAGUUGUUUCCAGCUGUGACGCGUGCCAUGAAAAAGCAAGGUGCCAAGAGUCACAGGAAAGAGGCGACUCCUUUACCAGCUUUUCAUGCGUCUGCAAAGAUGGCUUUGUAGGCGAUGGUCUGAGCUGUUACAAUACAUUAGUCUGUAGCGACGGUUCCUGCUGCAGUCAAGGUUAUGAAUGGGCACCUGAGAGCGGCUGCAUGGACAUUGACGAGUGCUCGCUCCUUGACUCGCCGUGCACGGCCCCUCAGGUUUGUCAAAACAUGCCAGGCUCCUAUGAAUGCCUCAAGCCUGCCUCACUUUCCAGAUCUGGCCCUUCCCCGCAAUCAGUCCGUCUGGCGAACGGAGGAAACAGCUCCUGCUCUGGCAGAGUGGAAAUCUUCCACCGUGGACAGUGGGGGACAGUGUGUGACGAUAUCUGGGACCUGAAGCAUGCGCAAGUAGUGUGCAGACAGUUGGGCUGCGGCAGGGCCCUGGCCGCCCUCUCCAGGGCUCACUUUGGACAGGGCAGAGGGCCCAUUUGGUUGGAUAAUGUCAGAUGCACCGGAGGUGAAGCAAAGCUGGGCGAGUGCAGUCACCAAGGGAUCGGAUCGCACAACUGUGGUCACCAUGAGGAUGCCGGAGUGGUUUGUGAAGCUGCAUCACCCGUGAGGCUGGUCAACUCUGACAAGCGCUGCUCUGGAAGAGUUGAGGUCUACCAUAAUGGACAAUGGGGGACUGUGUGUGAUGACAUAUGGGACCUCACCAAUGCCAAAGUGGUGUGUAGACAGUUGGACUGCGGCAGGGCUCGUUCAGCACUGCACAGCGCAGCCUUUGGGCAGGGCAGCGGACCCAUCUGGCUGGAUGAUGUCCGUUGUCUUGGAAAUGAAACCUCGAUAACGAGCUGCAAACAUCGUGGAUUUGGCAGACACAACUGUGUACACAGGGAGGAUGCCAGCGUUGUUUGUGAAGGUAGGUAUGUUGUUAUUAAAAUUUGGCAUAAUUACAUGAUGAAAUUAAUGACCGUAUCCAUAUUUUGUUUAGAAACGCAACCUUCACUCAGACCUUCUCAGCUCAUUUGUGGCCCUGACAAAAUCCGAGUGGGCCUGGAUUCCGUUAGCAUAACACACGCUGGUUACAACCCCCGCUCAGGCAACCUGGCCGUCCGCAACUGUUCCUGGGUCAGCGUGCAAGGUGAUAUCGUGUGGUACGAAGCUGACGCACGGGCAGAUGCCUGUGGAAACUCACUCAGGACCAACAGCACCCACGCCAUCUACUCCAACAGUUUAUUUAUCUACCCAUUGAGCAACACAUCCUUCUCUCCCCCUAUGAGUCUUCCUUUCUCGUGCGCUUAUCCUCUGGAUGCAGACAGCAGGCUGAACGUGGCCAUCAGACCAUUCCUUGCGUUGGACGGUGGUAUUGUUGGCUCAGGUGACAAAGCCAGAGCCUCCAUGGUCCUGUUCCGCAACUCCAACUUCACGGAGCCUUAUUCAGCGGCGCUCGUCGUCCUUCCAGUGGGCUCGCCAUUGUAUGUUGGGGUCUCUGUGAACAAACAAGAUCCCAGUUUGGCGAUUGUUUUGGAGGAUUGCUUCGCCUCUCACUUCUCAAACCCUGAUUACCCAGAGCGAUACUCUCUAAUUCGCAACAAAUGUCCCGCAGAUCGCCAACAAGUGUCCGUGAUUGAGAGUGGCUCGUCCCUCCGGGCUCGUUUCUCUGCUCUGUUCUUCCUGAUUCAGGGUGACUAUCGAAAUAUUUACCUCCACUGUAGCUUCAGCCUGUGUGACCGGAGGAGGUACUCUUGCACCCCGCCUUGCACAAGAAGAGCACACCGCUCUGUCUCAAACUCUGCCGCGCUCGAGCCACUCACCAUUGGUCCAAUCACUUGUUCCGUUGUUUCCAGCUGUGAUGCGUGCCAUGAAAAAGCAAAGUGCCAAGAGUCGCAGGAAAGAAGCGACUCCUUUACCGGCUUCUCAUGCGUCUGCAAGGAUGGCUUUGUAGGCGAUGGUCUGAGAUGUUACAAUACCUUAGUCUGUAGCGACGGUUCCUGUUGCAGUCAAGGUUAUGAAUGGGCACCAGAGAGCGGCUGUGUGGACAUUGACGAGUGCUCGCUCCGAGACUCACUCUGCAUGGCCCCUCAGGUUUGUCAAAACAUCCCAGGCUCCUAUGAAUGCCUCAAGCCCGCCUUACUUUCCAGAUCUGGCCUUUCCGCACAAUCAGUCCAGUUCAGUUGUGGACACACAGUGUGUCCAGCAGGUAUGGACUGCAUUGGGAAUAAUGGGACAAGCUGCGCUGACCCUUGUGAGACCUACACCAUCCUGGAUGAUGACUGGCGUUCGACAGAAAAUGGUUUUACCUCACCUGCAAAGUGUGACAGAAAUGUUGAGUGGCGAGGCUGGUAUCGCUUAUUCCUGGGACAAAACAGUGCACAUAUUCCACAGGGAUGUGUCCGUGGAUUCAAGUGUGGAACCCAUAUAACUAUGUCACUGGGAGAACCUCAUCCCACACAGUCUAAUGUCAUUGUCACUCGUGGUGUGUGUAAUACCUGGAGUGAUGACUGUUGCCGUUUUAAUUCACAAAGAAUCCAUGUCAAGCUCUGCUCUACAGUGGCUUCCACCUACUAUGUCUACAAACUUGUGAAGCCACCCACGUGUCAUUGGGCAUACUGUGCAGAGGUUAAUGAAACAAGUUAUUUUACGACACCUGAACCUGAAGGUUCUGCAACGGAACCAACAACAAAUGCGGCAGAAAUGACAACUCUUGAUAUUAAUCCCACAACACCUUUCAUCAGUGAAACAACCGAAGUUCGCGUUAAUUCAACAACAUCUACAACGACACAUACCCGUGCAACAUCAACAAUCCCAACAAUAAAUGAAGGUGAGGUCCGCCUGGCUAACGGAGGAAACAGCUCCUGCUCUGGCAGAGUGGAAAUCUUCCACCGUGGACAGUGGGGGACGGUGUGUGACGAUAUCUGGGACCUGAAGCAUGCGCAAGUAGUGUGCAGACAGUUGGGCUGCGGCAGGGCCCUGGCCGCCCUCUCCAGGGCUCACUUUGGACAGGGCAGAGGGCCCAUUUGGUUGGAUAAUGUCAGAUGCACCGGAGGUGAAGCAAAGCUGGGCGAGUGCAGUCACCAAGGGAUCGGAUCGCACAACUGUGGUCACCAUGAGGAUGCCGGAGUGGUUUGUGAAGGUGAGAAAACCUCAAGUGGACAAUUCUGAUCUCCCUGCUCAGCUACACGGUUUUGUACGAGCAAUAGAGUUUUCUCUCCCAGCUAAUCCUUUCAUCCGUAUGUUGUUGUGUUAGCUGCAUCACCCGUGAGGCUGGUCAACUCUGACAAGCGCUGCUCUGGAAGAGUUGAGGUCUACCAUAAUGGACAAUGGGGGACUGUGUGUGAUGACAUAUGGGACCUCACCAAUGCCAAAGUGGUGUGUAGACAGUUGGACUGCGGCAGGGCUCGUUUAGCACAGCACAGCGCAGCCUUUGGGCAGGGCAGCGGACCCAUCUGGCUGGAUGAUGUCCGUUGUCUUGGAAAUGAAACCUCGAUAACGAGCUGCAAACAUCGUGGAUUUGGCAGACACAACUGUGUACACAGGGAGGAUGCCAGCGUUGUUUGUGAAGAAACGCAACCUUCACUCAGACCUUCUCAGCUCAUUUGUGGCCCUGACAAAAUCCGAGUGGGCCUGGAUUCCGUUAGCAUAACACACGCUGGUUACAACCCCCGCUCAGGCAACCUGGCCGUCCGCAACUGUUCCUGGGUCAGCGUGCAAGGUGAUAUCGUGUGGUACGAAGCUGACGCACGGGCAGAUGCCUGUGGAAACUCACUCAGGACCAACAGCACCCACGCCAUCUACUCCAACAGUUUAUUUAUCUACCCAUUGAGCAACACAUCCUUCUCUCCCCCUAUGAGUCUUCCUUUCUCGUGCGCUUAUCCUCUGGAUGCAGACAGCAGGCUGAACGUGGCCAUCAGACCAUUCCUUGCGUUGGACGGUGGUUUUGUUGGCUCAGGUGACAAAGCCAGAGCCUCCAUGGUCCUGUUCCGCAACUCCAACUUCACGGAGCCUUAUUCAGCGGGCCCAGUUGUCCUUCCAGUGGGGUCGCCAUUGUAUGUCGGGGUCUCUGUGAACAAACAAGAUCCCAGUUUGGCAAUUGUUUUGGAGGAUUGCUUCGCCUCUCACUUCUCAAACCCUGAUUACCCAGAGCGAUACUCUCUAAUCCGUAACAAAUGUCCUGCUGAUCGCCAACAAGUGUCAGUGGUUGAGAGUGGCUCGUCUCUCCGGGCUCGUUUCUCGGCUCUGUUCUUCCUGAUUCAGGGUGACUAUCGAGAUAUUUACCUCCAUUGCAGCCUCAGCCUGUGUGACCAGAGGAGCAACUCUUGCAUUCCGCCUUGCACAAGGAGAGCACGCUCUGUCUCAAACCCUCCUCCAAUGAAGCCACUCACCAUUGGUCCAAUCAAAUGGGAGAAAUCAUCUGAGUGA